UCGUCUCUUCAUUUUCAGCAGCAGGACUCGUGCCUGUUUCAGCGCUCCUCUCGCGCACGGUGCCCUCCUGUCCUCUCACCUUAUAUAACAUCACAUAAUCCAAACAAUCCGAUGUGUAGCGGCAUUCUCUACCAGACCGUUUCUGUUAUUAUACCCGGGUUAAGGAAUGGCUUGUCCUUUUAACUGAUUUAUUUUUCAGCAUCCGCUUGUGUCCGAAGGGUUUUUUCUCCUUCAGGACGCCACAUCCUGCUUCUCUGCAUCUUUAUUUCUGACUGAAAAUAGACGCAACUUGAUCACCGCCUGAAAUGGGGUAUGGACGGUCAGACAGCUACCGCGUGGCGACCACGCAGGACAACGAUGAGAAGGAGUCUCCAAAGAAGAAGGGAGGGAAAGAUCUAGAUGACCUGAAGAAGGAGGUGCCACUGACAGAGCAUAAGAUGUCAAUCGAGGAAGUGUGCCGAAAGUACAACACGGAUAUUGUGCAGGGUCUAACUAACGCUAAAGCAGCCGAGUACCUGGCCCGAGAUGGUCCAAAUGCUCUCACUCCUCCACCCACCACCCCGGAGUGGGUUAAGUUCUGUCGCCAGCUUUUUGGGGGUUUCUCUAUCCUGCUGUGGAUUGGAGCCAUCCUCUGCUUCCUGGCUUAUGCCAUCCAGGCGGCUACAGAAGACGAACCAGCUGGAGACAAUUUGUACUUGGGCAUUGUCUUAUCUGCUGUGGUUAUCAUCACUGGCUGCUUCUCCUACUUCCAAGAGGCUAAAAGCUCAAAGAUCAUGGAGUCCUUCAAAAACAUGGUGCCCCAGCAAGCGUUAGUGAUCCGUGAAGGUGAGAAGCUGCAGAUUAAUGCUGAGGAGGUGGUAGCUGGAGAUUUGGUGGAGGUGAAAGGAGGAGACAGGAUCCCUGCUGACCUGAGGAUCAUCUCCGCUCAUGGCUGCAAGGUUGAUAACUCCUCACUGACGGGAGAAUCAGAACCCCAGACCAGAUCACCUGACUGUACCCAUGACAACCCCCUAGAGACCCGUAACAUUGCCUUUUUCUCAACCAACUGCGUGGAAGGUACAGCUCGCGGCAUCGUGGUGUGCACUGGAGAUCGGACCGUCAUGGGUCGCAUCGCCACACUGACCUCGGGUCUCGAGACGGGCAAAACUCCCAUCGCCAAAGAGAUCGAACAUUUCAUCCACAUCAUCACGGGCGUAGCCGUUUUCCUGGGAGUCACCUUUUUCAUCCUGUCCAUCAUCUUAGGCUACAGCUGGCUGGAAGCUGUCAUUUUCCUCAUUGGCAUCAUCGUGGCUAAUGUACCUGAAGGACUCCUCGCUACUGUCACUGUAUGUCUGACCCUUACAGCUAAACGCAUGGCUCGUAAGAACUGCCUGGUGAAGAACCUUGAAGCUGUUGAGACUUUGGGCUCCACUUCCACCAUCUGCUCAGAUAAGACCGGCACCCUGACUCAGAACCGCAUGACCGUCGCCCAUAUGUGGUUCGACAAUCAGAUCCAUGAGGCUGACACUACUGAGGACCAGUCCGGGACAUCCUUUGAUAAGACCUCUGUGACAUGGGUGUCACUGGCCCGUGUGGCUGCUCUCUGUAAUAGGGCAGUGUUCAAGGCAGGUCAGGAAUCUCUGCCCAUUCUCAAGCGGGAUGUGGCCGGUGACGCCUCUGAGUCAGCUCUGCUGAAGUGUAUCGAGCUCUCAUGUGGCUCGGUCAAAGCCAUGAGGGACAAGAACAAGAAGGUGGCUGAGAUUCCCUUUAACUCCACCAACAAGUACCAGCUUUCAGUGCAUGAGACAGAGGACGACAAUGAUAACCGCUACCUGCUGGUGAUGAAGGGAGCACCAGAGCGCAUUCUGGAGCGUUGUUCCACCAUCAUGAUGCAGGGUAAAGAGCAGCCCAUGGAUGAGGAGAUGAAGGAGGCCUUCCAGAACGCCUACCUGGAGUUGGGAGGACUGGGAGAGAGAGUCCUGGGUUUCUGCCAUUUGUUUUUGCCUGAGGACCAGUACCCUAAAGGGUUUGCCUUCGAUACAGAUGAUGUGAACUUCCAGACAGAUAAUCUUUGCUUCGUGGGUCUAAUGUCUAUGAUCGACCCUCCGCGUGCUGCUGUGCCGGAUGCUGUGGGCAAAUGCAGAUCGGCUGGCAUUAAGGUCAUUAUGGUAACAGGAGAUCACCCAAUCACAGCCAAGGCCAUUGCGAAGGGAGUAGGAAUCAUCUCUGAAGGCAAUGAGACAGUGGAGGACAUCGCUGCUCGUCUUAAUAUCCCCGUUAGCCAGGUUAACCCCAGGGAUGCAAAAGCAUGCGUCAUCCACGGCUCGGAUCUGAAGGAUCUGACCCAGGAGCAGAUGGAUGAAGUUCUGAAGAACCACACCGAGAUUGUCUUUGCCAGGACCUCCCCACAACAGAAGCUCAUCAUUGUAGAGGGCUGCCAGAGACAGGGUGCCAUCGUGGCCGUGACUGGUGAUGGAGUGAACGACUCUCCAGCUCUGAAAAAGGCAGACAUUGGUGUGGCCAUGGGAAUCUCCGGCUCUGAUGUUUCCAAGCAGGCAGCUGACAUGAUCCUGCUAGAUGACAACUUUGCCUCUAUUGUCACUGGCGUGGAAGAGGGACGUCUGAUCUUUGAUAAUUUAAAGAAAUCGAUCGCGUACACCUUGACGAGCAACAUACCUGAAAUCACUCCCUUCCUGUUCUUCAUCCUGGUUAAUAUUCCUCUUCCUCUUGGGACCAUUACCAUUCUGUGCAUUGACCUGGGUACUGACAUGGUACCUGCCAUCUCCUUGGCCUAUGAAGCAGCAGAAAGUGACAUCAUGAAGCGUCAGCCCCGUAACCCUCUGCGAGACAAGCUGGUUAACGAGCGUCUCAUCAGCAUCGCCUAUGGACAGAUCGGGAUGAUUCAGGCUCUUGGAGGUUUCUUUGCCUACUUUGUGAUCAUGGCUGAGAACGGCUUCUUGCCCUCGUUACUGGUGGGUAUUCGGCUUAACUGGGAUGAUCGCUCCAACAACGACCUGGAGGACAGCUACGGCCAGCAAUGGACCUAUGAGCAGAGGAAAAUCGUGGAGUUCACCUGUCACACAGCUUUCUUUGUGAGCAUCGUGGUGGUGCAGUGGGCCGACGUCAUCAUCUGUAAAACCCGUCGCAACUCUGUGUUCCAGCAGGGCAUGAAGAAUAAGAUUCUGAUCUUCGGCCUUUUUGAAGAGACAGCUUUGGCCGCCUUCCUUUCUUACUGCCCAGGAAUGGACGUGGCCCUUAGAAUGUACCCACUAAAGCCCAGUUGGUGGUUCUGUGCAUUUCCUUACAGCUUCCUAAUCUUUGUUUAUGAUGAGAUUCGAAAACUCAUCUUGCGCAGAAACCCAGGAGGUUGGGUUGAGAAGGAGACCUACUAUUAAAUCUUCAUCUUCUUCCUUUAUUUUUCAUUCUGUCCCUAUUUGCUUACACACUCUCUCUCUCUCUCUCUCUCUCUCUCUCUCUCAACCAACCAAUGACAAGAGAAUAAUCAAGACCCGACCAUAACAACACUCUGUCCUAUUACCUUCUUAUAAGUAAUAAAGUAAAUAAAUAAAAAGAAGCCAAUAAUGUGUGAGAACUAACAGUGAUAGACAGAAUUAGAUCUCUUCUUUCUCGUUUUUUUUGUUUGUUUUUAACUGUGACUGAAACACUACAGGUGUUUAUUUUUAACAGUCUCCUCUUCUCUGUGCUGUUUAUUGAUAUCAUUCAACACUGUCAAUGUUGUACUGAAUACUAGUGACUCUGAUGAAUCUUGUCGUAAUUUAAGUCGUGACCAAUUUAGGACUCACGUGUCCUGUGAACACACUGCCACCUAUUUUCCUCCUCAGUUUGUCCUCUUUUCAUCUCUCUCUUCUCCCUCUGUCUUCUUUUCUUCUGCUGAAAUAUAAGUGUAACGAAACAACAGCUACUGCCUUUCAGUCAUUGAAAUUGUCCACUUCUCUUCUCUGAUACCCCUCUAACUUGCCCCUGCCCCGCUGUCUUUCUCUCUUUCUGCCACUGUGUUGUUGUUGUUUUGUUUUUUUUCUGUUCAGAGUUGCUCUGAGUGCUGUCUGUUUUUUUUCUUUCUCACACAAGCACACUGCCAUCCUCUCGAUCCCAUCCAGUCAACUUCCCCUCCUCGUCCUGCACUGACCUUAAGCCCCUCCCACUCUGUCUGUAUGUCUGUGUGUGAUUACCCACAAGUCCCUGCUCCUCUCGCACCUCUCCCUCUCUCCUUUCAAGAAACGAAGAAAAUACAGUCUUUGUGUGUUUUAGGAAUCCAGUUUCAUUCUUUAAAAUAAGUGAGGAAAAUAGAUGAAAAAAUAAAAUAAGGCUAAUGUACCUUACCUGCAAAAGAGCAGCAAGAAAAUGAAAUAAAAAAGAAGAACCUUC